UAUGCAUAUUUAUAAGCCAAAAAUAUGAUGGUUGUACUUGUUUGUUUACUCUUGAAAAUAAAUGAUUAUUAUUUCUAUGUUUUUAUCGCAUAAAUAAAUAUUAGUUCUAAUUAUAUUUAUUUUUCAUGUGAUAGUUUAAUCAUGUCAAACCUUACAAAGCUUGAAUUUACGGCACUUGAUGUAUCUGGAAAAAAUUAUCUGUCAUGGAUACUAGAUGCAAAAAUACAUCUGCAAGCCUCUGGUCAUGAGGACACUAUUAAAGAGGGAAAUAAUGCCUCUAUUCAAGAUCGUGCAAAAGCAAUGAUCUUCCUUCGCCAUCAUCUUGAUGAAGGAUUAAAAAAUGAAUAUCUCAGUGAAGAUAAUCCACUUGUUCUCUGGAAUAGUUUAAAAGAACGCUUCGACCAUCAGAAGACUGUAAUUCUUCCAAAAGCUCGUUAUGACUGGAUGCAUUUAAGAUUGCAGGAUUUUAAAAGUGUUAGUGAAUACAAUUCUGCAAUAUUCCGAAUUAGCUCAAAGCUAAAAUUGUGUGGAGAAACAAUUACUGAUGAAGAUUUAUUAGAAAAAACAUUCUCCACUUUUCAUGCAUCUAAUGUGGUACUCCAGCAGCAGUAUCGUGAGAAAGGGUUUAAGAAAUAUUCAGAGCUGAUUUCUUGCCUUCUAGUGGCUGAGCAGAAUAACGAGCUGUUAAUGAAAAAUCAUGCGGCACGACCCACUGGUUCUGCUCCAUUUCCUGAAGUAAAUGCGAGCGCAUAUAGAUCUCCUCGUGGUCGUGGUCGUGGCCGUGGUCGUGGUCGUGGUCAUGGUUAUGGUCGAGGUGGAAAUAAUUACAACCAUGUCGGUUAUAAUAACUCCUUUAAGCAUAAGAAUCACCACCAGAAGUGGGAUAAGAAGGAGGAGAAACAAGAAAACAGAAACAGUGGACAAUACAAACAUCAAGUGAAAAAUGUCGAUAGUAAAUGUUAUCGAUGUGGCAUGACUGGGCAUUGGUCGCGUACCUGUCGUACGCCCAAACAUCUUGUUGAGCUUUACCAAGCUUCCCUCAAGGAAAAUGGAAAGAAUAUAGAAACAAAUUUUGUUGCUGAUGAUGAUUUUGACCACAGUCUAAUGCAUAAUGACUCUAUAGACAUGACACAUUUAGAUGUUUCUGAUUUUUUUGAGAACAAUAAUAAUGAAAACUAAUCCAGCAUGUAUUGUAAUGUUUUUAUUAUUUACUUAUGUAUUGUUGUGUUAUUCUAUAA